AUGGCGAACAUGCAUUUCCCCUACUCGAGCGCUCCCACGCGCACAAUCGAGGAAAUCCAGUUCGGCCUCUUCUCCUCCAAGGAGUCUGAGCGCCUCGCGGUCAUCGACAUCGAAUAUCCAGAGACGAUGGAUGAGGCCCGCCUCCGACCUCGCGAGAGAGGUCCAAACGAUCCUCAUCUCGGUACUAUCGAUCGCAACUUCCGAUGCGCGACCUGCGAGGAAGACCAGGCUGAAUGCCCUGGCCACUUCGGUGUCAUCAAGCUAGCCACACCAGUCUUUCACUACGGCUUCUUAAAGCAGGUCAAGAAGAUCCUCGAGACCGUCUGCCACAAUUGUGGCAAAAUCAAGGCUCUCGAGGAUGAGGCUUAUCGACAAGCUAUUCGAACCCGCAGCCGCAAGUCUCGAUUCGAACAGAUCUGGCGCCUGAGCAAAACCCGCCUCGUAUGCGAUGCCGACCCUCCUGACGAAGGCGAUCAACCUGCGAAGCCUGGCCAGAAUGUGAUUCGCCACGGCGGAUGCGGCAAUGUUCAGCCAGAGAUGCGCAAGGCUGGCCUUCAGUUGUUCGCCUCGUUCAAGCCUAGAAAGAGCGAAGAAGAUGAUGACAUCCCUGGUGGUGCUCAGCCCGAGAAGAAGCGUUUCUUCGCUCAGGAUGCUCUCAAUGUUUUCCGUCUCAUUUCGGACGAAACGCUGGAGACUUUGGGUCUCAGCGCUGACUAUGCUCGACCUGAGUGGAUGAUUCUACAAGCCCUCCCUGUUCCUCCUCCGCCCGUUCGCCCUAGCAUCAGCGUCGACGGUAGCGGUCAGGGCCAGCGUGGCGAAGACGAUCUGACUUUCAAGCUCGGUGAUAUUAUUCGAGCUAAUCAGGCUGUUGUUCGCACCGAGGCCGAUGGUACUCCAGACCACAUCAAGAUCGAUCUGAUUGAUCUCUUGCAAUAUCACAUCGCGACAUAUAUGGACAACGAUAUUGCCGGUCUCGACCGUGCCCAGCACAAGAGUGGACGCGCCAUCAAGUCAAUCCGCGCUCGUUUGAAGGGCAAGGAAGGCCGUCUCCGCCAGAAUCUGAUGGGCAAGCGUGUCGACUUCUCCGCUCGUACGGUCAUCACAGGUGAUCCCAAUCUUUCACUCGACGAAGUCGGUGUUCCUCGCAGCAUCGCUCGAACCCUCACAUAUCCUGAGAAGGUUACACGGUUCAACAUCGAGAAGCUCAAGACUUUUGUUGAGAAUGGCCCAACUGAGCAUCCAGGUGCACGAUAUGUCAUCCGAGACACGGGUGAGCGCAUUGAUUUACGUCACGUCAAGAGCCGUGACAUGACGCUACAGUACGGCUGGACUGUGGAGCGGCAUAUCCAGGAUGGCGAUGUUAUCCUUUUCAACCGUCAGCCCUCGUUGCACAAAGAGUCUAUGAUGGCUCAUCGCGUGCGGGUCAUGCCCUACUCGACAUUCCGUCUCAACUUGUCCGUUACCACUCCUUACAACGCCGAUUUCGAUGGUGACGAGAUGAAUUUGCACGUUCCCCAGAGCGAAGAAUCACGGUCUGAGCUGCGGCACCUGUGCAUGGUACCCCUCAACAUCGUCUCCCCUCAAAAGAAUGCGCCUCUCAUGGGUAUCAUUCAAGACACACUCUGCGGCAUUUACAAGAUCUGUGACAAGAACGUCUUCCUCACCAAGGAUGCUGUCAUGAACGUAAUGAUGUGGGUACCUGACUGGGAUGGCGUGAUUCCCCAGCCAGCAAUUGUCAAACCAAGCCCGCGCUGGACUGGCAAGCAGAUCAUCAGCAUGAUCAUCCCCAAGAACCUCAACCUGGAACGUCCUGAGAAGAAACAGCCGAUGCCACUUCUACCGCAAGGUGAUGAAGGCGUCUUCGUUACUGAUGGUCAACUCAUGUUUGGGCUCUUUUCCAAGAAGAUCGUUGGUGCAUCUGCUGGAGGUGUUAUCCACAUCACUUUCAACGAAUGGGGUCCUGAUGCCGCCAUGGCCUUCUUCAACGGCGCACAGACUGUUGUCAACUACUGGCUGUUACACAACGGCUUCAGUGUCGGCAUUGGCGACACCAUUCCAAGCGAUGAUGUCGUUGUUGCCGUAAGAGAUGCUAUUACCACCAGAAAGCAUGAAGUCGGCGAGCUCAUCAAACUCGCUCAAGCCGAGGAACUGGAGCCCAUGCCUGGUAUGAACAUCCGCAAGACCUUUGAAAGCAAGGUCAUGGCGACAUUGAACGCUGCCCGUGAUAAUGCUGGUACCUUCAUGGAAGAGAAGCUCAAAGACGCCAACGGAGCUGUACAAAUGGCUCGAUCAGGAUCCAAAGGCAACAAUAUCAACAUCGCUCAAAUGAUGGCUAUUGUUGGUCAACAGGUCGUCGAGGGUAAACGUGUGCCCUUCGGAUUCAACUACCGCACCCUACCGCACUUCGCCAAAGACGAUUUCUCUGCUUACUCGCGCGGUUUCGUUGAGAAUUCGUAUCUUCGAGGUCUCACACCUACUGAGUUCUUCUUCCACGCUAUGGCCGGUCGCGAGGGUCUAAUUGAUACUGCCGUUAAAACUGCAGAGACUGGCUACAUUCAGCGAAGAUUGGUCAAAGCUCUCGAAGAGGCCACCGUUAGGUACGACAGUACCAUUCGAGACUCGCACGGUAACGUUAUUCAAUUCCUGUACGGCGAAGACGGACUCGACGGCGCGCACAUUGAGAAGCAAUCUGUCGACAUCCUCACCCUCUCUGAUCGUCAGCUUCGUGAUCGCUACUAUGUUGAUGUCAUGAGCGACCAAGAUCCUUUCAGAGGUAAACUACUUUGCUGGAAAGACUGCGUCGCUCAGCAAGACGUUCAGAAGCUAUUUGACGAAGAGUUCGAGCACCUUCAGGAAGCUAGGUCGGUGGUUCGAUCCGCUGCUUCAGGAGCUGAGGAUGAAUUCCAGCUACCCAUGAACGUCAUUCGGAUCAUUCAUCAGGCCUUCAAGAACUUCAAGAUUCAGAAGGGUGACAAGACAGAUCUUGAUCCUCACCACGCCAUCACUUCGGUCAACUCGUUGCUGGAACGCAUCGGCGUUGUCCGUGGGGACGAUCCUUUGUCGCAGGAGGCCCAGGCAAACGCGACUCUGAUCAUCAGAGCUCACCUGCGCUCGAGGCUUGCCUUCAAGCGCAUUGUCAACGAAUACUCCUUGAAUCGCCUUGCGUUUGACAACAUCAUCGGCAGUGUUGAGAGCCGUUUCAACGCAGCCAUUGUCGCACCCGGAGAGAUGGUCGGUGUCCUUGCAGCUCAAUCCAUCGGCGAGCCUGCUACGCAGAUGACUCUGAACACCUUCCACUACACUGGUGUAUCUGCGAAGAACGUUACACUCGGUGUUCCUCGUCUCAAGGAGAUCUUGAACGUAUCCUCUAACAUCAAGACACCCUCCAUGACCAUCUAUCAAGUCCCCGAAAACCGUCACAGCAUGGCUUCGGCCAAGGAGCUCCGCAGCAGGGUUCAGCACACCAACCUGAAGAGUCUUACUGAGACCUGCGAGUUGUGGUAUGAUCCUGUGGUCGAAUCGACCAUCAUUGAAGCUGAUCAGGAUUUCGUUGAUGCAUACUGGAUUAUUCCUGACGAGGCGGAGGCUGAUACCAGCGCGCAUUCUCGCUGGCUGCUUCGUAUCGUGCUCAACCGUGCCAAGAUGCUUGACAAGGGCUUGACCAUUGACCAAAUUGCGUCCAAGAUGAAGAGCGAAUAUGGACGAGAUCUCUCAAUCUUGUUCAGUGAUCAAAACGCUGAGCAGCAAGUGGUGCGCAUCCGCUACGUCAGCUCCUUUGGCAAGGACGAAGAAGACGAGCGUCAGGAAGAUGACGAUCUUUUGCGUCGCUUCAUGAACGAAAUGCUUGAUAACCUCACAUUCAACGGCGUUACAGGCCUCUCCAAGGUGUACCUGAACACCACCGACCGCGCUCGCGUCAACGACGAGGGCGCCCUGAUCAUGACCAAGACAGACCCAUUGUGUCAAGAAGCUGUUCUUGAGACUGAUGGAAGUGCCUUUGCCAAGGUCAUCGCCAUCGACGGUGUCGAUGCCAAUCGCACCUAUACCAACUGCUUCAUGGAGAUUCACGAGGUGCUUGGUAUCGAAGCUGCGCGUGCCGCCAUCUACAAGGAGUUGAAGAACGUUCUGUCCUUUGAUGGCUCUUAUGUCAACGCUCGGCACUUGGGCAUUUUAUGCGACGGCAUGACCUUCCGAGGCUACGUCUCUGCCAUUUCCCGUCAUGGCAUCAACAAGUCUGACAAUGGUCCGCUGAUGCGUUGCUCCUUUGAGCAGACGGUUGAAAUUCUGUACGAGGCGGCCGUCAACGGAGAACUCGAUGACUGCACUGGUGUGACGGAGAACAUCAUCCUCGGCCAACCUGCCCCUGUUGGCACAGGCAUGAUGGACAUCCUGCUUGACAAGAAACUGCUUGAUACCAUUGUUACCGACAAUUCCAAUCUUGGUCUUGGUGGGCCCAUCGGUGUCAAGAGACAGCAGGAGCUCAUCUCUGGUGCAGCUACGCCAUAUGACUCGACGUCUCCCAUUCACGAUAGUGGCUACCUUGGCUCUCCAGAGUACGGGGCUUCAUUCUCGCCCAUGGCCGAGAACAGUGCUGAGACUGGUGGCUUCUCCGAAUAUCAGCCCAGCUCCGGCUUUGGUGGUGGCUUCAGUCCUUAUGGUCGCAGUCCUGGAGGAUACUCUCCAGCUAGCCCUGGUGGCUUUGGGUCGACCAGUCCUGCUUCGCCAGCUUACUCGCCAUCUGCAGGCUACUCACCCACCUCGCCUGCCUUUGGCCCUACCAGCCCGAACUUUGGCGGAGCCACCUCACCUGCGUUCUCGCCUGUCAGUCCGUCCUACAAUGCGACCUCGCCAGCUUACUCGCCUACUUCACCAUCAUUCAGCCCCACGAGCCCGCAGUACAGUCCUACUUCACCUCAGUACUCUCCCACGAGUCCGCAGUACAGUCCUACGUCGCCACAGUACUCUCCGACGUCGCCAAGUUAUUCACCGACAUCGCCAGCUUCCCCGACCAGUCCGGUUUACAGUCCGACUAGCCCGGUUUAUAGUCCGACUAGUCCUGCUUAUGGUGGUGGCGGCGGUAAGCACGCCUCUCCAACAUCGCCGCAGUACAGUCCGACGUCGCCAAACUACUCGCCGACUAGCCCGGCUACAGGUGGAUCGCCGACUAGCCCGCAGUACUCACCGACCAGCCCCCAAUUUUCACCGAGAAGUCCCCAAUACUCCCCGACUUCUCCCAAGAAUGACUAG